AUGUUUUUUUCUUUAUGUACAACGAGCUCUACCAUCAUUUUCCUUCUGUGUGCUGGUUGGUGCGAGAGGUCCACCUCAUUACAGAUGGACAAGGGCCAUGGAAGGUACUCCAAACACAAUCAGUGCCACUACAUGCUCAAACAUCUACGAGACGAAGGCAGGAUCAGCGUGCACAUGCCUCCUGAGAUUGAGGGUCACUGGGUGUCUAAAAGCUGUGAGGUGAGACCUGGGCCUGAAUUCCUCACCCGAUCCUACCACUUCUAUUCAAACCACACCUUCCAUGCACUUCAGUUCUAUUAUGAUGACAACCACUGCACAAAGCCCAGCUACACUCUACUGAUCGAAGGCAGCCUGCACCUCCGUCAGGCAUCCUGGCUUGUUCGUGGAGGCACAGAGGCAGACUACAAACUGAGCCGUGUGCUGCUGGUGACCCACAGCCCAGCUGUGACUAAGGAGCUCCAGGUAAAACUGGAAAAGACUUGUGGUCUAACAAAGCACCUGCAGCUGGGACUCACCUAUGAGCUGUGGGAAGAGAGCUCUGGUCAUGACUGCACCCACAGCUUAGACUUCAGCAUGCAAGAACUGACGUUGCUCCGCAUGGAGAGACACAUUCAACACAGUGAGCCCGGCAGACAAGCAGAGGAGUUGUUUGUGGGGGACGUGCACACAGAGCGUGCUCAGAGGAGAAUCCACAGCCCCUUAGGCUACCAGCCCCCACUACAGAAUGUCAAGACCUAUGAUGAAAGCUGUGUCGUGUGUCAGAUCAUCCUAGAGUCAAAAUUUCCACAUCCACCAAUCCUGCCAUCCCAGAAUUACCACCCCCUGCAUUUCUAUGGCAACUGGGUUAGUACACGCUGUGAGGUCCGCCCUGGGGUGCUCUUCCUCACCCGCCAUUUUUUCUUUCACGAGGACAGUAACAUUUGGGAGGGGCACUAUUACCACUUCUCAGACCCACUCUGCAGACGCCCCACUUUUAGCAUCUCUGCUAAAGGACGUUACAGUGCAGGGGUUCCAUCUACUACAGUCAUGGGAGGCAAUGAGUACACUUUCACAGUGACCCAGAUGAAAGUCACUCCAAUGGACGUGGCCACUACCUCACUUCUGAAUAUCUUCAGUGGCGAUGAGUGCGGCAAACAUGGCUCCUGGAAGCUAGGGGUCCAGCAAGACGUGACUCCGACCUCAGGCUGUGCGGCCCUCGGCAUCCGUCUGCCUCACACCGAAUACGAGCUGUUCUACAUGGGACAAGAUUCCGCUGGACAUCGUCUCCUUUUUAAUGGUCAAAGACCUACCAACGGCUCAAGCCCAAACCGGCCUCACAAGCGGGCCACAUCCUAUCAGCCCCCACUCAUCUACUGCACGGCCAGCCACAGGGGGACCUCAGGCAUCGGAAAAGAGGGAGACCAUCACUACAUGCUUGGAAAUAGUUGCACCGCACACCGCCAGUAUCUGCGAUAUGUUUUUCUUUUAGUCACACUUGUCUUCUCUGUCAUUUAG